AUCCGAACGGAUUUGCACGUCUUUCGUUUUUGUGCCGGAUACACAAUAUUAACACACAGUGUGAACUGUGAAUUGGACCGCUCAGCGUUUUUAUCGACGGGCUCAUAAAGAGCGUCGCGACUUCGUCGGACGAGAGAGCGCCUGGCGCGCUGAUAUAUUUAGUGACAAAGUGACGUUACAAGGCCUCAAAAUUGAUCUGGACUUACAACGGCAGGCCUCUAACGGCCACUUUAUUAGGUCUGUGAGCCAGAUGUGCGAAAGUGGCUUCAAUGCCGCAGAAGGAUUCUCCAGGAUGGCGUCCCUGGGCGGGACGCCCAUCGGUAUUCCGCAAGGUUUACAAACACCUCAAGCUGUCAAAAAGCAAGAGGACCACAUCAAAAGGCCCAUGAACGCGUUUAUGGUGUGGUCACGUCUUCAGCGCAGAAAGAUAGCACAGGAGAAUCCGAAAAUGCACAAUUCAGAAAUUUCGAAAAGACUCGGCUCCGAAUGGAAGCUGCUCACCGAGGACGAGAAAAGGCCCUUUAUCGACGAGGCGAAACGACUGAGAGCUCUGCACAUGAAAGAGCAUCCAGACUACAAAUACCGGCCGCGGAGAAAGCCCAAAACCCUGAGGAAGGAAGGCUACCCCUACUCCAUACCUUAUCCAUCUGUGCCGAUGGAUGCUCUUAGAGCGGGCAUGGCAGCUUCAAGUAUGGGACAAUCAAUGGCGUCCUAUUAUAAUCCUUCAGCUGCGUAUGGUUCUUUGAGUGCAGCAUCAAUGGCAGCGGCUGCAGCAGCAGCACAGCAAUCAGCAGCUGUGAUGUCAGCAGGUUUAACAGGUCCUGGCCAGGUGGUGAGCACUAUGGACGCAAUGAAGUACUCAAUGGAAGCCGACAAAUAUCGAUCCCCGUACAUGCCUCCGUCCACCCUAGCCAUGUCGAUGUACUCCGACCCGAAAUAUAUGGACUCUCCAUCGAAAAGCUACUUGGAGAGAGGCUAUCUAGACUCCACAUCUGCCUUGACCAAAGCUUAUUUCGAGUCGUCCAAGAUGUACAUGGACGGAAAGUACAACACGGAGCCGUCCAGAUCGUAUCCGGGACUGGACAUCAGCAAAAUGUACGAAACCGGUGGACAGCAGCAACAGCUCCCUCCAGGAAAUAUUCUGGGUUCACCUAGAAGCGAUUCUCCAUCAGAUAAUAAAGGAGCCAAUCAGGAGAGGCUGGACGGAGCUAGUUCAUCCAGCUCUACCACUACAUCGUCUGCUGGAGCGUCACCAGGAGGGUUGCCUGGGUAUUAUCCGGGUGCGGCAAUCCAGCAGGCAAACUCAGUACCUCCUGGAAUUUUGCCGAUGGCACAGUACGGAGGCCAGUAUCCCACGCAAACACCGGGAAGUGAAUUCAGGCGACCGCUUACGGUCAUAUUUUGACCAGAUAACAUGUGAAUGUGAUUAGUGAUAUUUUUAGGUGCAUUUCGUGAAAUAAGAUUAAUUCAGUUAACAUUACUGUAGAUUUUUUGGGUUAUGUUUAUUUAAAUAAUUUUAAACUAAUGUAUUGUAAAGUGUGUCUAAAGAGCUAUUUUUCAGAAAGAUAGGAACAACUCGUAAAUUUCUCAUUUUAACUACAAGCCUACAAGGUUUUGAAAAAUUCAAUUUAAUUUUUUUUGGAUUAACCUACAAAAAUUAAAAUAAAAUUUUUAUUUUGUUUUAUAUAAAAUGUUGAUUUAUAUUCAGAUGAAAAGGGCAAUUCAUGAAAUAUUAACUUACAUUUAAAAAAAACGAUAUGCUUUAGUUGAACAAGGAACAUGAAAAUCGAUAUUUACAAGUUGUACCAAUUUAUUUGAAAAACAGAAAACAUUUACAUUUCUUUCACCUAUAAUAUUCGUAAAAUAAUAUGCCAUAUUAAGUAUAUUUUGCACACCUUGAUAGCCUUUUAUAUUCAAAAUUUUAUAAUUUGCAACUUUAUCACGUAUUAUAAUUUAAGGCAGCUCAUGAUAUUGCUGGAGUGAAUAUUUAGAAUUUAUAACUAUUUUUUAAUUUUUUAUGUUGUGGGUAUAUAAUAAGAUUUUUUGGUAUUUUGAGACUAGUCAUGAGCAAAUACAAGACCAGGACUUUUUUGGUCUUGGUUUUGCAGUUAAAUAAUUAGUAAAUAAAUACAGUAAAUAGUAUUAAUAAUAUUAAUAAUAGUAUUGAUAGUCAUUAAAUGCA